AUGUUCCAGUAUGACUCCACCCAUAGCAAAUUCAAUGGCACAGUAAAGGCUGAGAAUGGCAAGCUUGUCAACAAUGGGAAGCCCAUCACCAUCUUCCAGGAUCGAGAUUCCUCUAACAUCAAAUGGAAUGACGCUGGUGCUGAGUAUGUCAUGGAGUCUAUUGGCAUCUUCACUACCAUGGAGAAGGCCGGGGCCCACUUGAAGGGUGGGACCAAAGGGGUCAUCAUCUCUGCCCUGUUGGCUGAUGCCCCUGUGUUUGUGAUGAGUGUGAACCACGAGAAAUAUGACAACUCAGUCAAGAUUGUCAGCAAUGCAUCCUGCACCACCAACUGCUUAGCUCCCAUGGCCAAGGUCAUCCAUGUGUACCCUUUGGUUACUGUGGAUUCGGUUCCUAAAUUCCCUGGUGGUGUCAUUUUGCCAUAG